AUGUUCGUCUCCUCGCUACUCUUGGCAGCACUGUUCAGCCCUGCGGCACUGGCUCAAGCUCAGUAUGGCACUCCAGCAUCCAGCGGAAGCAGUCAAGUCACUUUCACAAACGAUCGCCGUCUCCUCUUCGAUGUUGACGGAAAUCAAAUUGAUGCUUAUGGAAGCAAAAUCAACUUCUUCAACGGCUCUUACUACUUGUACGGAAACAGCUUCUCAACGACCGGCGUUGCUUUUGGAAUCAAGUCGUACUCUUCCGUAGACUUACAGCACUGGCGAUACGAAGGCUUCCUCUUCGACCCGUUUGCGCCGAAUCCCUGCGAUGACCUCGGAGGAUGUGGCAGACCACACAUUGUGUAUAACAGCAAGAACGCAGAGUACAUUCUGUGGGCGAAUGCUGGUUCAUCUGGAUAUGUGAUUGCGACCUCUUCCUCGCCCUCUGGACCAUUCACCUUCUCUUCAACUCGAGCAGCCAUGGAUCCUCAAUUCAAUGGCCUUCAACGAGCAGACUUCACCGUCGAGACAUUCGACAGCAACAAAAAGGGAUGUAUCGUCCUUUCUGCUCUCAACUUCAGAGACCCCAGAGCAGGCAGUAUCUGGCCUCCUAUUUUCCAGACGCUGCACAUCUCUGAGUUGACCACUGAUUUCGCCAACACCACUGGAGUCAGCUAUCCGGUGCGCUCGGCGGCAAACGAUCUGAUUGACCAGGAAGCAGAAUCGCCAGAUCUCUUCACCAGAAACGGCUGGUACUACGUUUCGGCCAGCAACACUUGCGGCUAUUGCAACGGGUCUAUUGGUCUCCUUUACCGAUCAAGGAGCAUCAAAGGGCCAUGGACCAGACAGAUCAUUGCUGGCUACUCAUGCAACGGUCAAGUCGAAGGCGUGCUACCUCUUACAGACCCACGCACCAAACAAGUCACCUAUGUUUGGCAUUCCACUUCCGUACCAGGAGGCCCAAGGACAGGAUUUGGCGGACAUAUCUUCCAGCCACUUCGGUUUAGGCCAGAUGGAUCUGUUGGGGAUCUGGACUGUUCCGACAACGCACAGUUCCAAGUCGGGUUCACUCGUGGCUCAGGUGCAGUAGCCAGUGGAGCUGCUACGACUGCUGGUGAUGGCUCGCCGUCUGACGCUGCUUAUACGCCCGUCUGCGACUCUGACCAAUUCGACCUCUUCCAAAUCUGGCGAGCAUCUCGCGCCGGCACGCUCAAAACCGUCUCAGUCAACAUCGCAGGCGCCAAAGUUCAGACAGUGCCUCUUGCUCUCACGUUCUUCAAGUUCUCCUCUUAUAAUGACCUGCUCGCUCCUGAAUACAAGUGGACGACCCUCGGCACUGCGAGUGUAAACUCAACAUAUCUCAGCUACGUCUUCAACACCACGAGCGUUCCUGUGACGGCUACUGGAAAUGCAACUGUUGCUCCUGGUGACCUUCUUGGCUUGGCCAUUGCAGGCGAGGACUUCACGCCGUACUGCCAUCUGGAGUUCGAUGUGGACAGUCGAAGUGGCAUGGUGCUUUAUCAAAGGGGCGCUGGGCAGAAUUCGUGGAGAGGUUUGAAAGGAAACACCAGCCCGGUGUAUGCGAGGGAGGGGAAGGGAGUCAAGUUCUUUGUUGAAUAUGAAUGA